AUGCAAAAGAGGCGAGCAUCGAAGCAUGCGACCGGCAAUGUGGUCGAAGAUGGCACAAGUCGUAACAAAAAAGAUAACAAUGAUAAAAAAGACAAAAAGCCGGGAGUGUUUCGCCGAAUUGGCUUGGCGAUCUCGACUGAGAAAUCGGAAGUUGGAAGCACAUUGAAACGAAAAAGGAAAGCGGCGGCGAAGAAGCGAAGCGAACGAAAACGGCGAUCGACUCCAAUUCCUAUCGAUACCAAAGUCCAUUUUUCUUUUAGCAAGGCACGAACUAAUAUUCCGUUGAAAGGCGAAAAAAUCAGUGACGGACAGAAGCUGGCCUUUCAGAAGUUUGCAAAAGAGCUGGUUCGAAAAGGUCCUGUUGAAUUGUCGGUUGAAUUCAUGACAAAAGUCAAACCAUACAUAGGACAGCCGAUGCGACGAGAAGCUUUUGAUGCGAAUAUGACCAAAAAUCGGUAUAAGGAUAUAAUUUGUAAUGAUAUUACACGGGUCCCGAUUCAGGAUGGACGCGAAGAUACGCUCGGCGAUUAUAUUCAUGCGAAUUAUGUUAAUGGCUUAGUGGUGCCUUUUAUAUUGACGCAGGGCCCUAUGGAUCGGACCACGAUCGAUUUUUGGAGGAUGAUUGUUCACACAAAAACUCAGUAUAUUGUCAUGCUAUGCGAGACAGUUGAAGAUAAUAAGCAGAAAUGUUUUCAAUAUUGGCCGGACAAGGUUGGACAAACGUUGACAUUCGGAGAUUUCACAAUAACAAAUAAAACUGAAGAGGACAAAGAUGAGCAUAUUAUCAAAACGUUGCUGUCGGUGAAGGGUGGUGAAAAAGAAUUGCUGGUGAAACAUCUUCACACGAAGACUUGGCCCGAUAAAUCGGUUCCAAACUCGUCGAUGUCGCUUCUUCGCCUUCUCUAUAUCGUGCGAACAGCGACUGGACCUGUUGUGGUGCAUUGCUCAGCUGGAAUUGGAAGGACGGGAACCUUUGUAGCCACAGAAGCUUGUCUGCAAACACUGAUGGACGAGAAGGAUCUUGAUUUGAUCGCGUGCAUCAAGGCACUACGAAAUAGUCGACUUUCGAGUGUUCAGGUGGAUGUUCAGUAUAUGACUCUGGUGCAAAUAUUGUUAAAUUAUGGCAAGGACAAUGGAUUUUGGGAGGAUUCUGACUUGGAUGAUAGAAUUGAGCUUCUUACGUGGAAUAUUGCCCAGUUUGUCCAAACUCGCGGACGACCGCCUGUCGAGCAACUCCAUCCGGUGCCGGCUCCACCGCCAACUCCAUUGCCUCCAUCGGUUCCAUCAAUUCCGACUGUUCCAUCUCCAGUUCCGCCAGUGGCAAAAGAAAAGGAGAAAGACAAAGAGAAGAAGGAGAAGAAAGAUGAAAAGGAACGAGAUGGUACCAAGGAAGAUUCGGAAGAUAGCGACAAUCUGGACAAGAUCAAGAAGGAGCGCGAGAAAGAGAAGGAAGAACGAAGAGAGAGGGACAGGCAGGAAAGACAAGAACGAGAGAAGCAUGAGCAUGUGAAGGGAACAAAACCGUCUCAUGCUCAGCCGAAUGCCGGACCAUAUCAUACUCCGAUGGCCCCACAAACAACACCACCAGAAGACGAUAAAUCGCCUGCAGUGCUCGCAGACAUGGAAGCGGCGAAGAAGAGCUCGCCGCCGAAGCCGCAACCAGCAAGGAAUGUGUCGGUGAUGACGGUGCCUGUAGUACGAACCGGAGUGCCUAGCGACAAGUUGAGAAGUGGCGAGUUAAUCGAGAAGUUGGAUAGUGCUGAUAAGGCAAUUUUGUUUCGUAUUCGGUUUGGAAUUGUGUUUCUUUUUCUUCAGGCUAAAAAAACGCAAAUGGGUUAUGGAGUUGGAGAAGUGAAGAAAAUCGUGUUUGUGCCGUCGAAGGUCACCUCAGCUGAAGCGAUUCCGAAGGAUAUUCCACCGCAAAAACAAGACAAGAAUCCGCCGGUUCAUGAGUGCAAGAGCUCGUAUUUGUAA